AUGUCUACUCUUCUAAGUUUGACCCCAGUUUCCAAGCCUCUAGCUUGUACAGCGUUUCGCGCGGUGCCAUGCAGGAGUUCCAGUUGGUUUAGCAAGAUUCUGUAUCCUUUUACUCAGAAAGACCGGUCGAUCAAAGACUCGUACGGAGCAUCGUCUCAAAACGGGAACCAGUGCUUCUUGCCCGUUCGAAGCGGUGAUGAAUUGAACGAGUUGCUCAUGUUCAACAACCGGGCCCCACUAAUUUUGAAUUUCACGGUCAGGGGCAACGACGUUUGCAAUAAACUGACAGGUGCUCUUAACAGGAUUGUCUUACUGGAAACGGAUAAAAAGAUCAACAUUGCAGAUGUUGAAACGGACUACUUGGAGACAAGAGAUUCCAUGCUUCGAUUUGGAGUGCAUCAAAUUCCUACUCUUGUCGCUGUCAGGAAGACGUUCCCGGUAGAUCACUACUCAGUGCCUAGUUUGAAGAACAAAGAAAUCGAUUGGGGACAUUUGAAAGCGUGGAUUGAAAAAAAUGCGGAUUCAAAGUGGUGA